AUGGCUGAGGUGGCAGAUUCGGGCCCAGUCGAGCCGCAGGCCCGGCAUAUCGUCUACUGUGGAGUGUGUACUCUGCCCCCCGAGUAUUGUGAAUUUGGAGGAACGGCCAAAAAAUGCGAGGACUGGCUGAAGGAGAAUCAUGAUGACCUCUGGACUCGGUUAUAUUCUGACGAGUCCUUGAACGCCAACCUUUCCGCCCUCUCCGUCUCCGCCCAAGAACGUGCCGCAAAGGAUGCCGCAAAGAAGGAAGCCAAGGCAGCGCAGAACGAGGCCCGCGAUGCCGAGCGCAAGGCCGCCUCUAAGAUCCAGAUCAAGCGCGUCGAGCGAAACAAGCGCAAGCACGUAACGGUCAUCAUCGGACUGGAGAUCUUCGGACUCGAGAACAAGAAGCUGGCGAAGGAGCUGGGCAAGAAGUUUGCGACGGGGUCAUCGGUCACUCGAUCACCUGCAGGCACGGAGGAGAUCACUGUGCAGGGUGAUGUGAGCGAAGAUGUGAAGGAGUGGCUGUUGGAGGUCUACGGUAGCAAGGCGCCCGAGGCCAACAUCGAGCUGAUUGAGGAUAAGAAGAAGAAGAAAGCCGAGGCAUGA